AUGGCAGACAUUCAGACUGAAUGUGCCUACUAGAAGUAGCUGACCAUCUUCCAGAACAAGAAGAGUAUCCUACUAGACAAGACUGGCAAGGAGAAGCUCCCUCGGUACUACAAGAAUGUUGGGCUUGGCUUCAAGAUGCCCAAAGAAGCCAUCGAGGGCACCUACAUUGACAAGAAAUGCCCAUUCAUGGGUAAUGUUUCCAUCCGAGGGUGGAUCCUGUCUGGUGUGGUGACCAAGAUAAAGAUGCAGAGGACCAUUGUCAUCUGCCAGGAUUAUCUCCACUAUAUCCGCAAGUACAGUUGCUUCGAGAAGCGCCACAAGAACAUGCCUAUGUACCUGUCCCCCUGCUUCAGGGGUGUCCAGGUCAGUGACAUUGUCACAGUGGGCGAGUGUCGGCCUCUGAGCAAGACAGUACACUUCAACGUGCUCAAGGUCACUAGCACCAAGAAGCAGUUCCAGAAGUUCUGAGGCUGGACACCUGCUGCCCACUUCUCAAAAUGAAAUAAAAGUAUUUGCUCAUUCCAAAAAAAAAAAAAAAAAAGAAAA